AUGAAGCGAUCACUCGCCGCUGCCGUGUACCUCUCCUGCCAUGCUCUCGUGGCUGGGUUUACAAAUCCGAUCAAGACCUAUAAUGGCAGCGAUCCGCAAAUGGUUUACUACGACGGGAUGUACUAUCUGACCUCGACAUCAUGGACAGAUGUUGAGAUCACCUCAGCAGCCACCAUUGAAGGUCUCAAGACAGCGACACCACAGGUGAUCUACACGGACAACACCACAGAACGCAGUGCCAACUGGUGGGCGCCGGAGCUUUGGCAGAUCGAUGGUACAUGGUACAUCUACUUUACGGCAGGUGUCAAGGACAGCUCGUGGGAUGUUAUGCUGCGGACGCUGAACGUCUGGGUUCUCAAAGGUGGUAUUGAAACGCCGACCUCAGAUCCGUACACCCUAGUUGGGGAGCUUAGGCCGUCAAAUGAUGCGCACGGUAUGCUGGAUGGAACUACCUACGUAAUCAAUGACAAGCGCUAUUUCUUCUACUCCUCAGUGAACAACACUGACAACCCCAUCGGCGCGACGCUGUGGGUUGCAGAGCUGACAUCCCCGACGACCAUCGGCGAGUCUACAAUGAUUGCGUAUCCUGAGUACGAUUGGGAGACAACUCCUUCGGCAGUCAUAGAAGGCCCAGCCGGAAUCACCUCUCCCGACGGCACCGUCUACAUCGCCUAUUCGGCAAACACCUGCAAUGGUCCUGAAUACGCACUAGGUGCUCUAAGGCUUGCUAAGGAUGCAGAUCCUUUAUCCACGUCCUCGUGGACAAAGUUGGCGGAGCCAAUACUCACUACCAACACGACUGCUGGAGAGUACGGGCCCGGCCACAAUGGUUUCUUUAAGAGUCCUGAUGGAACACAGGAUUGGAUUGUCUUUCAUGCAAACCGAGACGAAAACGGAAGCUGUGAUGCGUAUCGUCAAACAUUUGUUCAGCAAGUAACAUGGAGCAAUAACGCGCCCGUGUUACAACCACUGAUUGAACCUGGUGUUGAGAUCACAGAGCCUUCGACUGACCUUGAUUAG